CUGCGCCCAGUCCACAGCGCCUCUACUGGACAGGAGGCAGUAUCACACUGCUACACAGGGCUAGUCUGUGGAUAGCUCUUUAUAGCUAACACAUUAGACGCUGAAAAAAGUAAAGACAAACUCAAACUGACGCAGAAACGCCAGGAUUUAAAAGAAGAGAGCUGCACGGUUAUUGGAUGGACGUAUGUUUACACUACAAAAGUGACCAAGAUAAAUCGAAUGGUUUGGUGUCUAUAUCUGAGAAGGCUCUAGAGGACUUUCCACGUCGUGUUUUGCCAAUAUUUACACCUUGGUUUCCUUCUGGCACUGACAGAUCUUGUCCAAUCAAACCUAAAAAGGCUCCUCCGGUCAUUUCAUUUAAUCAGCAGAAAAGUUCUGAAUUUGUCCCUCAACAACCAGAGUUUGUUUUUUCUACAAGUCACUGUCCAGAUGAUCAAGAGAAAUUUGUGGAUACCAGUAAGAAGAAAUUAAUAUCAAUCCCAGCACCUGCUGAUGAACACUCCAAGGCAGAUUUGGAGAAUGUGGCAAAGAAACGUAAACGCUCAUGGAGUGUCUUUCCACAAAAAACGAAACCACCUCAGAGGACACAAUACAUCUCUAGACUGUUCCACAAAACUGUACAGAGAUAUGGGCUUGACUUGCACCAGAGAGCGAAGUGGAUCAUUUCUGAGCUGAACUGUGCACCACAGAGCAUCGAGGAGGUUUGGUCCAAGCUCAUCCAUGCCAUUAAGCACGCCAGGCUUCCAACAUGCAAUGCCAAUUAUCAAAGAGACUUGAUCCAAAUCUGGGUGUACUGUGACAUAUCUUACUGUGAAUAUAUUGGAAAUUUCUUGCGGGAAAAUUUCCAGCUCUCAGGGGAGCUCACUUUAGCUGUCCAUAAACUAGGAGACAUCUUUAAACUGUAAGUAGUAAAGGGUCAGAAGUCAAUAUUAGUAUGAGGGUACAAUGUGAUAAUCUGUAAUAGUUAAACGAUUAACAUUAUGUUCUACCAGUACAGGUGAUGAUAUCACUGAAACAUUAACUUCAUAUGUGUGCAUUGAUGGAAAUAUGAUGCAAGAUUUUUUAAAGAGUUUACUACUACUAGAAAGAAUAUAUGAGGCAAAAUCGGUAGUUUGGUAUUUCUGCAAUGUUUUGAUGAAAACAAAACCAAACAAGCAUAAAAAGGUAAAAAGAACCACAUUCAUUUCUUUUUAGAAGCCCCCAUUGAAGGCUAUUAGCAUGAUAUACUGAAAGCAAGACGCUGGGUUGUACAAUCAUCACAUCC